CCCCGUCCUCUCCUGGUCUGGAUCAAGAAGAGUCGCCUCCGUGAGCGCAACCACUCCUCCCGUCCCCUUGCCAUCGACGACUGCCACCCCGCCGCUGCAUCUGACCUGGUUGAUCUGCCGGAUCUUGCUGCUGAAGCCGCCCGUGUUGAGAUCGACCCUGGGCUUCGUUCAGAGAUCAGGGCCAUGGCUGAUAACCAAGGGAGGGGCAGAGGAAGAGGGGGGGAGGAAACCCUAGAGGCAAGCAGGCGGACCCUCCACCCGCAGGUAACUGGCCCCAAUUCGAUCCCCAAUUCGCUUCACCGCCUCCUCAGUUCCAGUACGGCUUUGGUUUCCCUGGGGGGCGCAGAUCCCACCUCCAUGGUACCCAGGUGCCUACUUCCCUCCCCCUCCACAGCAGAUGAAUCAAUGGCGGGGAGGGCCAGGGCCCUGGGGAGGAAAUCAACUCCAAGAUCAAGGAGCGCCUGAAAAUUUUGGGGAGCAGUACCAGAAAGGAGGGCAAAGGAACCAGAAUCUAGGGAAACAGAACGCCCCAAACUCUGGUCCGAAGGUGCUGAAUCAGGGCUAGGAGCAAGGAGGCAACAUAGGGUUUAAUAGCAAUCAGAUGAAGAAGGGGAAGAAUGCUGGGAAGAACAAGCAGGCUUACACCAAACUAGAGGAGAUAGCGGCCACAGAGUAUGCAGAUGUGAUCUGCUACAGCUGUGGGGAACCUGGACAUCACAAGAUUAAUUGUCCCAGCCCUCCUGUGUGUUUCAUUUGCAAGGUAGUGACACAUAAGGUGGAAGAUUGCCCAGUGAGAAGGAAACCAAGGAAUCCAGCUAAAUUUGUGGGUAGUGGAGCCCCUGGUCUGGGAUAUCACCAAAUUGAUGUGCCAGAUGUGAAUGACCAACACAUAGGAGCAAGGAGGAAUGUGGGACUGGUCUAUGUGGAGUCAGGACAAGUGGACAAACAAGAGCUAGGGCAUAAUUUCUCUCUGAUUUACAAGACAAACUGGCCUUGGCAGAUCAGGAAGCUGGAUGAGUGGACUUUCUUGGUAAAGUUUCCACCUCACAUACCAGUUGAAAGUGUUGCUAGAUACCCACUGUUUGGGCUGCCUGAAAUGGAUGGGGUCACAGUAAAUGUAGAGGUCUGGAAAGGAACCUUGGAGCACUACAGUGAACUCCAAAAAGUGUGGCUUAAAUUGGAGGGGAUUGCUCCAGCUUGGGCUGAGUGGUCUGUGCUAGAACAAUUUGCAUCAGUUUUUGGAACUCUGAUUGAUGUAGACUGGCUGGGUAACUUCAAGUCUUUCUUUGAAACUGUCAGAAUCAAGAUCAGGUGCAAAGAUCACACAAAAAUCCCCCCUGAUAGGCUAUUUGGAAUUGGAGAUCAUCUAUUCAAGGUCAAAAUUACUGUAGAGCCUCCUGUGGAAGAAGCAGACAUGGAGGAACCUGCUUAUGAGGACAUUGAAGACAGCAGCAAUGAAGCUGGCCAGGACAAGGAAAAAAGAGAUGCAGGAAGGAGCACCAAAGAAAAGGACUCUUCUAGAACAGGGUCCACACACUCCCUUCAAGGCAGCAAAUCAGCUAGUGGCAAUUCAAAUCAAAAUACCAAGCAAAAAGUGAUCAGUUACCUACAGCAGCUACAGGAACCCAUCACCAUGGGGCAGAGCUACAGUCUCCUCCAAGAAAUGGAAUUGAUGGAUGAUGAGGAUGACCUGGAAAAGAAUAUCUCUUUGGAGGACAGCAUAACUAAAGAAGUGGAAAUGAAUUUCAGCCCACAGCUUGAUACAAUCUUGGGGAGGAAGGAUCAAAACAACCCAAAACCACACAACAAAUGGGGGCCAGUUCAAGCUCAAAGGAAAAGCAGUAGAGUUAAUAUAGGGGAUAGAUCAAUGAUGGAAAUUGCUAUGAACAACAAAAAAGUGCAGAAUUUAGAGAUGGGGAAGAAAAACAACAAAGAUCUGGAGGAAAGUGUUGGGAUCGUUGAGGAGAUGGUCGAUCUUGCUCAAAGAGGAAAUGGAGCCUCUUUGGGACAAGAUAUCACACCAAAUUUCCUUGAUCUUGGAAUCACCGUUCCAAAUUCUGGUGGGGUGAUUCCACUGGGAACAUCGUCUGCUGGAGAAGUUGAUCAAUCCCUUCUCAAGCUGAAGCUGGACGAUUACAAGAUGUCUGGCGAAAAGAACCCAUACUCAUCACCUCCAAGGAGUCCUCCUGGUGGCAUCAAGCACUGCCUGCUUAGCCCAGUCACCCCUCUGGACCUGCUGGGCUCUCCGACCCAGCCAUGGAAGAAGCUCAGAGGAGUGGCGGCAGAGCUGGGGAUCGACAAGACUGGUGGCCAUGGGGGGGACAUGUCGAGCAUCAUGCUUGCAUCUUAGUCUUAUUUUCAAGAGUCUGGUAGGCCUCACUAUAUGAUGUAUGCUGUAAGAAGUUCUUAUUUCCUUUUGUAAUCUGACCUCUGAACAUGCUUAGCAUGCUCACGGGUCCUGAGAUCUGUGCACUGGAUCUUUUCUGGUUUCAUUUAUAAAAAUGGGGCCGGGGGGUUUAACCCCCUUUCAUCUAAAAAAAUCAAGAUAGAGCUGAAGCUCUCUAGUCUAUUGAGAAUCACACCAAGAACCCUAGAAAAAUUUAAGUGGGGAGGACGAAGAGGGAAAGAACUUACUGGAUGGUUGUGCCCCGAUCCAGCCUUAGAGGAAGCAAUCAGCGACGUAGACCAAAGCCUCGACGGCAAGCGCUUCA